UUGUUCUCAUUCCAAACUACAACUACAAAGAAUCUCCUCCUCCUCCUCUCUCUCUCUCUCUCACACACACACACAGUGUCUAGUUUUUCUUCUCCUCCUCCUCUCUCCAACCCAUCUCUUAUCUUCUUUCUAAUAAUAUCGACAACAAUGGUGGAACCAAUUACAUCUCCUUUGCCAUUGAUGGUUUCAGUUUUUCUCCUUGUAAUUCCCCUAAUCUGCACUACUACUACUCUUAAUGUUUAUGGGGUUUACAGUUUUGGAGAGAAGACAGCCCUCCCAUUGCACAAAUUUCAAUGGAAGCACUACACUACCAUCCCAACUUGCUUUACUCACAAAUCAGCGAGACAAAAUGGCGCGACUAUAUUGGAAAUGAAGCACAAAGAUUACUGCUCUGGACCCAUAAAUGAUUGGAACAAGAGGCUUCAAAAACACUUGAUUUCUGACGAUAUUCGAGUUAAAUCACUGCAAACCCGAAUGAGAAGCAGAGUUUAUGGCCAAAUUGAAGACCUUUCUGAAACUCGAAUCCCUCUAAUUUCUGGUCUAAAACUUCAGACACUAAACUACAUUGUCACAGUUCAAUUGGGUGGUCGAAAUAUGACAGUAAUUGUUGACACAGGAAGUGAUCUUACUUGGAUUCAAUGUCAACCUUGCAAACUGUGUUACAGCCAACAGGAUCCUCUCUUCAACCCCUCCUCGUCUCCUUCAUAUCAGUCUGUUCCAUGCAGUUCACCAACUUGUCAGUCUCUAGAAUCUGCUACGGGAAAUUCAGGAGUGUGUGGGACUGAUCCACCAGUCUGUAACUAUGCUGUUAGCUAUGGUGAUGGGUCAUACACUCACGGGGAGCUAGCUCGUGAUCAUCUCAAUCUCGGGACAACUCCCAUUAAUGAUUUUGUAUUCGGGUGUGGCCAGGAUAACAAAGGUCUCUUUGGGGGAGCUUCAGGUCUUAUGGGACUUGGAAGGAGUGAACUCUCAUUGAUUUCUCAAACAUCCACCGUUUUUGGUGGAGUUUUCUCCUAUUGCUUGCCUUCAUCUGGAGCCGAGGCUUCAGGUUCGCUAACUUUGGGCGGUGAUUCUUCCGUUUACAAGAAUUCUACACCCAUUUCCUACACUAGAAUGGUCCCUGAUCCACUACUCUCCAGCUUCUAUUUUCUCAACAUUACAGGAGUUAGCAUUGGUGGGGUGGCUUUAAAAGCUUCAAGUUUUGGUAAUGGUGGAAUUUUAAUCGAUUCCGGGACUGUCAUUACCAGGCUUCCGCCAUCACUUUAUACAGCUCUAAAAGCCGAGUUUCUGAAACAAUUUUCAGGGUUUCCUACAGCACCAGGAUUUUCAAUCCUGGAUACUUGCUUUGACCUUUCUGGUUUUGAGGAAGUGAACAUUCCCACAAUAAGGAUGCACUUUGAGGGCAAUGCUGAACUGAAUGUGGAUGUAAAUGGGAUCUUCUAUUUUGUAAAGACUGAUGCAUCUCAGGUCUGUUUGGCCCUUGCUAGCCUCUCGUACGAAGACGAGAUCGCGAUUAUUGGAAAUUAUCAGCAAAGAAACCUAAGGGUUAUAUAUGAUUCUAAGGAUUCUAAGGUGGGAUUUGCAAAAGAGACUUGCACUUUCAUGUGAACAAAGAUUGGUAUGGUUGUGUCUUUGUGAAUAUAUUCGUUUGGAAGUGAAGCCAAGUGACUCCUUGGCAACAUGUGGAGUCUUCCAAACAGUAAUAUUAUCUGUUCUCAUAUAUAGAUAUCUAUUAUUACUUAUGGGGGGAUGGUAUAGCAAAUAUGAAUGCAAUUUUUGGUGAUUUUUGAGUGUUUGAAUGUAAUAAUAUAAUUCUAUGAUUCAGAGGGGGAUAAGGGGAUAAACAUUUGAAUUGUAUAUUCAUUGCAGUAAAGUUUGUAUCAGUUUGUUUGUGUAUUUGUGAAAAACAAUUUAUGUAGCUA